AAUAUAUUAAGCCGUCGGUGGCCAAGACAUUCAUUAAUCGCCUAAGAACGACAUUGAAAUGGCUUGCCCUUAGAGGCCUUUAGUCUUAAUGACAAUAUGUUGACAACUCGGCGACAAUUUUAAUCCGCACGGCACAGCCUCUGCUCAUAAAUCCUGGAGUUGAUGGCCACAAGGGCAUAACAGUCAAUAUAUUAUUCCAUGAGUCCACCUCGACCAGGUCACACCUCUUCCCCGGCAAUAAAACAUAUCGGAUCUGUCUCAUUUCCUUUGCUUCUGUGAAGCCGUGGCCAAGAUGGAGAACCUACGGUGUUUUCUCUUUGUUCUUCUCCUCUGUUUCUUUUUUCACACCAUUCCUUCGCUGGCAGCUGAUACCAUCUCUGCGAAUCAAACUCUUUCUGGGGAUCAAACUAUCAUCUCAUCUGGUGGUGUCUUCGAAUUGGGUUUCUUCAAGCCAGGUAAUUCCUCAAACUACUACAUAGGCAUCUGGUAUAAAAAGGUCUCUCAACAGACCAUUGUUUGGGUGGCUAACAGAGACAACCCGGUCUCUGAUAAAAACUCCGCCAAAUUAGUUAUAUCAAACGGAAAUUUGGUUCUCUUCAAUGAGUCCCGAAUUCCAGUUUGGUCGACAAACUUGAAUGCCACCUCCUCAGACUCUGCCGUUGCUAUACUCCAGGAUUCUGGGAAUCUUGUCCUAAAAGACAAGCCGGAAUCUUCAGAAAACAUAUGGCAAAGUUUUGAUAACCCAUCCGACACGUGGCUUCCUGGUGGUAAAAUUAAACUCGACACUAAAACAAAGCAGCCUCAAUAUCUCACUUCCUGGAAGAACAAAGAAGAUCCUGCGACGGGUCUCUUCUCUCUGGAGCUUGACCCGAAAGGGACCACCUCGUACUUGAUUCUUUGGAACAAGUCUGAAGAGUAUUGGACUAGCGGUCCUUGGAACGGCCAAAUUUUUAGCUUGGUCCCUGAAAUGAGGGCGAAUUUCUUAUACAAUUUCACCUUUGUUUCGAACGAGAACGAGAGCUAUUUCACUUACUCCAUGUAUAACUCUUCUAUUAUAUCUCGUUUCGUGAUGGAUAUCUCGGGACAGAUCCAGCAACUCUCGUGGCUAGAAAGCACGAAGCAGUGGAAUUUGUUUUGGUCUCAACCAAGACAACAAUGUGAGGUUUAUGCAUUUUGUGGCUCAUUUGGGACCUGCAAUGAGAAUUCCCUGCCAUUUUGUACUUGCUCGACUGGUUUCAAGCCAAAGUCACAAACUGAUUGGGAUCUUGAGGAUCACUCGGGUGGGUGUGUGAGGAAAACCAAGUUGCAGUGUGAGAAUCCGAGUUCAUCUAAUAGAGAGAAAGACAGGUUUUUGGCAAUGCCAAACGUGGCCUUACCUAAACACUCACAAUCUGUGGGAGUAGGGAAUGUUGGUGAAUGCGAAUCCACGUGCUUGAAAAAUUGCUCUUGCGCUGCUUAUGCUUAUAACAGUAAUGGGUGUUCUGUUUGGAAUGGAGAUUUACUAAGUCUGCAGCAACUUUCUCAAGAUGACAGUAAUGGUGAAACUUUAUAUCUAAAACUUGCAGCUUCUGAGUUUUCUGAUACUAAACAGAAAAAUGGGGAAACUAUUGGUAUUGUGGUGGGCAUUGUAGGGGGUUUAGGGGUUCUCCUGGCCAUUCUGCUGUUUGUGAUAAUCAGGAGAAGGAGAAGAAUUGUUGGAAAAGGAAAAUCGGUAGAGGGUUCAUUGAUGGCAUUUGGGUACAGAGAUUUACAAAAUGCAACCAAGAAUUUCUCCGAAAAGCUAGGAGGAGGAGGUUUUGGUUCUGUUUUCAAAGGCACAUUACCGGAUUCUAGUGUCAUAGCAGUGAAGAAGCUUGAAAGCAUAAGCCAAGGUGAGAAACAGUUCCGAUCAGAAGUCAGUACUAUAGGUACAGUCCAACAUGUUAAUCUUGUUCGUCUUCGUGGGUUCUGCUCUGAAGGCAACAGAAAGCUUCUGGUUUAUGAUUACAUGCCAAAUGGCUCAUUGGAUGCCCAUCUGUUUCAAGAAAAAAACUCCAAGAAAUUGGAAUGGAAACUAAGGUACAACAUUGCUCAAGGAGUAGCCAGGGGACUAACUUAUCUCCAUGAGAAGUGCAGAGACUGCAUCAUACACUGUGACAUAAAGCCUGAAAACAUUCUUUUAGAUUCUGAUCUUUGCCCAAAAGUUGCAGACUUUGGCCUUGCAAAGCUCGUUGGAAGGGAUUUCAGUAGGGUUCUCACAACCAUGAGAGGGACAAGAGGUUAUCUUGCCCCAGAGUGGAUUUCUGGUGUGGCUAUCACAGCAAAAGCUGAUGUUUAUAGCUAUGGAAUGAUGCUUUUUGAAUUUGUGUCAGGUAGGAGGAAUUCAGAGGCAUCUGAAGAUGGUCAAGUUAAGUUCUUUCCGACAUGGGCUGCAAAUGUAGUGAUUCAAGGAGGUGAUGUUCUUGACCUUUUGGAUCCUGCAUUGGAGCGAAAUGCAGACAUUGAGGAGCUGACUAGGAUAAUAAAACUUGCUUCAUGGUGCGUACAAGAUGAAGAGAGUCACAGGCCAUCAAUGGGACAGAUAGUUCAAAUACUUGAGGGGGUCUUGGAUUUGAAUUUGCCUCCUGUUCCAAGAUCACUCCGAGUGUUUGUUGAAAACCAGGAGAACAUUGUUUUCUUCACUGACUCAAGCUCCAACCAGAGUUCACAGGCAAGAAGCAACACCUCAGCAGUAUCUGCGCAAGCCAAAAGCAACAUCUCAUCAGCAAGCUCCAAGUCCUCAAAAGAAAAUUAGGGGGAUUAUAUGCCUCGCUUUCUCUGUAUGCUGAUGAAUCUCAUUAUAAUGUGUGGUUGUAUCUCCUUACCACGUCAAGAUCUUGUAUUAUAUAUUUGAAUUAGAAUGAUCUGAUCUACUGCGGCUUUUUCUCUGUUUAUGUAAUAUGAUAUAGUGAUAUGGCUAAUAAUAGAAACGAGAUGUGAAUUACUGGUUUUGGAUUUUGUAAA